CCCUUCUCGAUCCCCUUCUCGAUCCCCUUCUCGAUCCCUUUUCGAUCCCUUUUCGAGACCCUUCGAUUCCCCUUCUUCAUGCCCUGAUCUGAUCCCCUCAACGACCAUCCCAACCCAUCGUUUCUCCGACCCCAAACGUCCCUCUUGAAAACAGAAACCGAACAGAAACCACUUGCACCGCCCCAUUGCAUACUCGUAUACUAUGUAUAUACUCUGUAGGGCCUAGGGGCUUUAAUGCGGACAAACAGAACAACGAUUCACAGCCACAGCGACUGAUCAGUCACCCCUUCAGGCCUCUUGCUGGUUGUUCUAUGUGUUCUUUGCUCCAUACUUCAUGUUUCCAUGUACUGUAUGUGCAUAUAUACAUACAAGUACUCUUACCCCAUCUACCUACUCUGCAACACACUUCACAGACAGAUUGUGCAUGAGGGGCGGAGUAGUCCACUACUAACGCCCAUUACUCGUCCUCAUUGGUCGAAUUGCCCUAGAACAAACAGCUACCCACCAUAUUUCCCCCCUCCGACCCAGUUAAUGUUAGUACUCUAGACUGCCUCUAGACUGCACUACUCCGUACACUACUAUUCACUACUAUUCACUACUCUCCACUACUCUGUACACUUACUCCGUGCUCCAAACAACACUUCGGAGUGGCAGAGUGGUAGAAUAAGGUACUCUCUCUAGGAAAGGUACUUAACCUUACUACACAAUUAGUAUACAAUUAGUAUACACUUUGUUCCUGUUUUUAUGUACCUUUUCUAAUGUUAGUACUCCUGGUCCUAACAACUAACAGUAACAAACACCACUAACAACAGUUACUGUGAGAACUGUGGCAAUCCACACCCACUUUACCACUUUACUACCACUUUACCACUGCUGUACCACCGAAACUGCGCAACCUCCCAAACCCAGAAAGGAACCUAUCCCAUCCUAUCCUGUCCUAUCCUAUCCAACUUUACGACUAUUUACGACCAAUCUACCAAUUUCUAUACCACUAUACCACUAUACCACUAUACCAACUAUACACUCUACGCGACACUACGCCGCCUUCAGCAAAACUGUGACCAUCAUCCCUCUUCGUCCUACCUCUCAACUUGCUCUUCCUCGAUAUCUCCCCGCUUCCUCCUCUGCCGCCCUGUCCUCCCGCCCAGUCGGAAAAAGUGUGAGAGUGUGAUAGAGACAGAGAGUGUGAGAGAGUGUGUGAGAGAGACAAAAAUAAAUCUCGCCUCUUCUCCCCCGUGAGACCUGUCAUGGAGGAGAUUAAGAGCACAACCCGCAGAUUGACGAAGAAACCGCCUCCACACCUCCACCAGUCCGUCUCUCGCGCCUCCGAUUCCACCUCCAACUCUCGACUCGACAACCUCUCAAUCCGCAGUCAACGCAGUUCCACCAGCCUCCAACGCGCACCCUCUGCGCCCUUCCCGCGCACCCAUAACAACAACAACUCUGGCCACGUGCGAACGAUAACCUCGCCCAGUUUCGCCGCGUACAGCUCUUCCAACUCGUCUCUCGAUCGCCCCGGCGGCGGUCCAUCUCCAAUCCUGGCGGGCAACGAGCUGCACGCCCCCUCGGGGGCGCAGAAUGUUGGGAAGCGACACUCCAACCCGCAACCGCGCGGUCUGCUCGAGACAUCUUCCGAAGAAUUCGUCGGCGCGCCGUUUGAUGGCACGGGCAUACUCAAUCAGAUGGAUGCGUCGACGGCGUCCGGAUACCAGAACUCGCUGCGGCGGCCGCCACCCCCACCUCUCUCGCAUACGACCCCGUUGCCACAAACCACGAGCCCGGCGUUAAGGCACUCGGCGAGCUUUUCGAACGACCGCAAUGAGAAAAAUGUAUCUAGGACGAACGAGAAUCAGAUAAUUAGUCCGAAGAGGUACUCGGACGAGACGAAUCAGCCGAAGAAUUUCGCUUUGCGCAAGAAGACAGGGUUUUCAGGGUUCAUGAACAGCUUAGUUGGGUCCCCGCGGCGCGUUAAUAUCUCGGCACCAGAGAAUCCAGUACACGUUACGCACGUAGGGUACGAUAAUGACACAGGGAAGUUUAUUGGCCUCCCGAAGGAGUGGCAGCGAUUACUUAACGACAGCGGUAUCACGAAGAAGGAGCAGGAACAAAAUCCACAAGCGGCCUACGAUAUCGUGAACUUCUACAAGGACAAUGCAGGAAAGGCAGAAGAUGACACCGUAUGGGAGAAGUUCGACCAUGCGCGAGCACAAGACCCGCGGACGCCUGGGACGAUGUCCCCGCCGAUCACCUCUCCGAACUAUGCGGCGGCUAUGAGCCCGAUGAUGAGCCCACCUGCGAGUCCUCGAUUCCCACCUACGGAAACAAGCUUUGAGAAUCCGCGGUCGCCGCCGCCGGUACCCCGCUCGACCCCCAUGAUGUCUACUGGGCCCUUUGUUCCAAAAGAUACCGGGUUAGUGCCGAGCAGGCCAGCCCCAAAACCACCAGCCAGUGGUCCAGGCCGGGCUGCUCCUACGCCUCCAAUAAUCGUCAAGGAUACUGGCGUUCCGCGACAAAGCACCGAUCUUCCCGCGUUAACCUACGUCCCUCCGGCUGAAUCCCAGAAUGGGAUGGCUAUGCUACCCGAAGAACACCGUUCGCGCUCGAGGUCGAAUUCGAAAGCAGCUGGACCCUCGCCGUACGCCCAACCGCCACAGCAGCAAGCGCAGCCACAGCCAUUGUCCCCACAGCAGAUCUAUCAACAGCAAAUAGUGAAGCAGCAGGAGCAGGCAAUGACCCAGGCGCAACAGGCCAUGAGCGUGCAGCGCAGCCAGAGCAAGCGUCAACAGACCCAGCAGCCAACUCCACCCCACUCCCAGCACCAACCCGCCCGCGCCGUAGCGGAUCCCAAUGGCAUUCCAGCCCCUAACACGCAAGCCCGGAAUGUGCCAGGACCGCGCCCGCGCCAACGCGCGCGACAGAGCACGAGCCUGGAUAUCGUUGACCGACUGAAGAGGAUCUGUACGGACGCUGAUCCGCGGGAGAUUUACAGGAACCUGAAUAAGAUUGGGCAGGGAGCGUCUGGUGGCGUUUACAUGGCGUAUGAGCGCGUGACCAACCGCUGUGUUGCGAUCAAGCAGAUGAACCUCGAGCAGCAGCCAAAGAAGGAUCUGAUUAUUAAUGAGAUCUUGGUGAUGAAGGAUAGCUCGCAUCCUAAUAUUGUCAACUUUAUCGAUAGUUACCUUGUUGGUGGCGAUUUGUGGGUCACGAUGGAGUAUAUGGAGGGAGGUAGCUUGACGGAUGUCGUGACGUUCAAUAUCAUGACUGAGGGUCAAAUUGCGUCCGUCUGCCGCGAGACGCUCAAGGGGCUGCAGCAUUUGCACUCCAAGGGCGUUAUCCACCGCGACAUCAAGUCGGAUAACAUCCUUCUCUCCAUGGACGGCAACAUCAAACUUACCGACUUCGGCUUCUGCGCCCAAAUCAACGAAUCCCACAACAAGCGCACCACCAUGGUCGGCACCCCCUACUGGAUGGCUCCCGAGGUUGUCACGCGCAAGGAGUACGGCCGCAAAGUCGACAUCUGGUCCCUCGGCAUCAUGGCCAUCGAGAUGAUCGAGGGCGAGCCGCCGUACCUCACCGAGUCGCCGCUGCGCGCCCUCUGGCUCAUCGCUACGAAUGGCACGCCGGCGAUCAAGGACGAGGCGGCGCUGUCGCCGGUGUUUAGGGAUUUCUUGUACUUUGCGCUUAAGGUUGAUCCUGAGAAGAGGGCGUCGGCUCAUGAUUUGUUGAGGCACGACUUCAUGAAACUCUGCUCCGACCUCAACCAGCUCUCCCCCCUCGUCGUCUCAGCGCGCAAAGCGCGCCAGCAAGAGCGCGCUAUGAAGGGGAACUAAGAUACCCCGCAGCGUUUCGUAUCGCAAGCGCCUGUAUCGUUGUUGCAGCAACCCCCCUUAUUUUUCGGGUUAUUUUUAUUUAUCUUUUUGUGAUGAUUCUUAUUUUUACUUUUUUAGUUUUUUUUUUGGAAUGAUGCGAUUGUAGUCUUGUGACAGAGAGACAGACUCAGCAUGGCGUUUUGGGCGUUUUUGUGCCAUGGGAUGGGGCACAAACUUCUCAACUCGGAUGUAGUGGAGAGGGGUAUGAGAGAUGUUGAAUGGAGAUAUGGACGGGGUUGGUGGAGACAUGAGGAAGGGGGAUGCGGAAUACCAAGAACUUUUUGUGAAAAAGUCGAUGAGCGUUUUUAAAGAGGAGGAUAUUUGAAAUAUUUUCUUUUGUCUUUUUGAGAGAGGAUGUGAUGAUGCAGAGAUGAGGACGAUGAGUGAGGGAGGAAGGAGGUGUAUAUAUCAUGCCGUUUAUAUGGCCUGUGAUCUAGGACUGGACCGGACAGGACAGGGAUGAGGCGGGCUCUCAUGGCGGGGCCCUUUGGGGUUGAUUUAAGGGUACGAUUUUUUGAUGGGAGGAUGGAUUAUGUAUGGAGAAUUUUUAUUGCCCGCCCAAGAGAUGGCUGAUGGCUGGAUGAAAGGGGGUGGGUGGGUAAAAGCUUGAAUAGAACGCUAGUGAUCAUGGAUC